ACCUCACUGCCUACGACAGAUUGAAUUCAGCAUUACAUAUAUGCCACUGUUUCCUGGUGAAUUCAGGGAAAAGCUUGAAGUAAUCUGUACAGAACUUGGUUCAUUUCCCUAUGAAUUAUUGCUCACAGCUAUUCCAGCUCUGCCUGAGAGACCAAUGAACCUGAACUGCACACUUGGCUGCAAUGUUACUGCACUUGCUUCUAUUGAAAACAAAGCAAGUGUUAAGGCAUCAUUUAACUGUGAAAUUGAUAACAGUGAUUUCAAAGUAGAGAAGGUUGUCACACUUGAGUCUGGUGAGAGAAGAGAUGUUCCCAUUGUUUUUGAGCCAACCAGUCUAGGAACAGUAAGUGCUACACUUGCCAUAACAUCUCCUGUUGCUGGUAAUUUCAGUUUUCCAAUUAUUGGAAAGUGUGGUUUUCCAAAACCCCAAGGACCCUUCAUACUGACGCCAGGAGGCAGUGUUAACAUCAACUUCAAAAAUAUAUUCCGUGUAACAAAAAAGUUUAGUGUUACAGUGAAUCUGCCAGUAUUUACUGUAAAGAAAACUGCUGAUACUGUUCAACCCAAAAAGGAGCUAGCUAUAAAGGUAACACUGGCAGCAGCUGGCAAGAAGACCAUGACGUUUCCUAUUUAUGGAAAGCUUGUAGUUUCUUGUGAUGACAUGGAAAUGAAAAAUAUUCAGUGGACAUAUUUUCUUAAAGGUGUCAUUGAAUCUUGAACAACUUGAUUUAAAAAUAUCACACAUUUUUCUCUAUUGCUGAUGUAAAUAUCUGU